GUCUGUGCCGAGGCGCGCCACACUCGACAUAUCCACUCUCGUCCCUAUCCCGCUCGCGAAUCAAUCUCCCGCGAACCGCGCGACAUCUCCAAGUCCGCACCGGAACGGCUUCCCCCCCAAAGUGCGAUGUCGCGCCCCUCGCUGCAAGCGCUGGGCGACGCGUCGUUCGCGCGCAGCGAGCACGUGUCGGCGGAGCUGCUGGCGCUUACCUACGGGUCGUUUGUGCGGCAGCUAGUGCAGGACUACGAGUCGCCAAGCGACGUGAACGCGCAGCUGGAGUCGAUCGGGUACAACAUGGGCGUGCGGCUGGUGGACGAUUUCCUGGCAAAGUCCAACAUCUCGCACUGCUCCAGCCUCGCCAAGACGGCGGAGGUGAUCGCAAAGGUCGCGUUCAAGAUGUUCCUCGGCGUUAGUGCCACCGUCGGCGUGUGGUCGCAGGAUAAGAAGACGUUCGGUAUCGUCUUCGAUGAUAACCCGCUCGCGGAGUUUGCCGAGCUGCCCGAGGAAUGCGCGGGGUUGUGGUACUCGAAUGUGCUGUGUGGCGUGAUUCGCGGAGCGUUGGAGAUGGUGAACAUGAAGGUCGAGUGUAGGUUUGAGAGGUGUCGGCUGAGAGGUGAUGAGUGCAAUGAGAUUAGGGUUAGCUUGCAUGAGAUCUUGGUUGAACAGCCGCCCAAAGGAGAAGACUAGACGGACCUGGCAAGGAAGAGGACAGUUUGCAAGCGAGCUCUCGAGCGUCAGAAAUGUAUCAAACCAACUCCGUAGCACGCUCAACUUUGAAUUCAAGUCAUCGAAAGUGAAUCCAAUUUGAGUGUUACGUUCUCGCGUUUGAUCCCUCCACUGUCGUACAGUAUGUCUUCGUCCAACCAAAUGACCGCCGGAAUGACUCGAACCAAUCAAAAUCUCUUAAGAAUCCACACACUGUACACGUGGCAUCUCCAUUCCCGUUAA